AUGGGACCAAGUAAGGAAAGGUUUCUCAUUCUCUGGUACAACCCAGCUGGACAUUUUACAGUUACCCAUAGGGAUGCGUUGUAUUGUGGUUUUGAAAAAUGCAAAUACAAUAACUGUGAAAUGACUGUAAAUACAUCAGAUGCAGGUAUCAGUCAGGCUGUUAUUUUUGAUGGUCGUAGAAUGCCAAGGAAUAUUAGUUUCACACGUCCAAAUGGUCAGAUAUGGAUUUUCGCAGCUCACGAAGCUCCAAUUUCAUACGGCGACACAGGGACAUGGUGGUAUAGAAAUAAAGAAUACUCCUUCAACUGGACGAUGACCUAUGACAAAGAUAAUUCUGACAUAUAUUUGCCAUACGGAGAAAUACUGAAACACAAAUCAGAAUUAAUACGGGACUACAAAUCAAUUUCACAAAAGAAAAACAAAACACUAUUAAUAAUAGUUUCUCAUUGUAAUGUCAGGUCUAAACGUCAGGAAUAUGUAAAUAAGUUAAAGGAAUAUGUUGACGUUGAAGUCUUGGGAAACUGUGGGAAAAAGUGGACAUGUGGUACUCACUACAAACACGACGAAGACUGCUUCAAACUUUUAAAUACAACUUUUAGGUUUUAUCUAGCCUUCGAAAAUGCGUUUUGUCAUCAGUAUAUAACAGAGAAAUUUUACGAUAAUUUCAAUUAUGAUCUAAUUAUGUUGGUACGUGGUGGAAGCCCCGGUGAAGCGAAACAAAUAUUUCCCAAGGGAACAUUUUUAUCAACCGAUGAAUUCGAAUCUGUUCAAGGUCUUGUUUACUUUCUUAAUCAUAUCAGUGUUGAAACGUAUGCCGCCUAUUUAAAGCGGAAAAGUCAAUAUUACUCAGCUGGGUAUUUGUAUGUAUAUCAAAGAGCUAUGUGUAACCUAUGUGAAAGGAUGAAUCAUCAGAGCAAAUAUGCAAAAACAAUCACAGAUAUAAAGGAAUGGGCAUACGGCCCCAAACCUUGCAUUGAUCCAAAUGACGUGACAGAUGUGCAAUGAAUGAACGUUAAAACAGCAGUUUAAGAUUUAAUGCUAAAGUGUGUCCUCAUGUACAGACUCAAUAAAACCGGGUCUGCUAUUCUUAUGUGUUUUUUUUGUGAUUAAUGCUUCCGAGGGAUCACUUUGUUUCCAGAUUUUUAUACUUCACAACAGCAGGUGUCAUGUGCCGUGUGGCAGCUGUAAAAAGUUGCCACGUACUUCACUUCAGUGUUGUUAUAUUUUUUCUGCUCCUUCGGGAUCAUUGAUGCCAGCACUAUUAAGUGUUGAGAAUUGAGUACCGCUCAAGCCGGUGCUAGGGGGCGUGAGGAAUGUUGCACUUAUUCAUUAUUCCUCAUGUACAGACUCAAUCAAACCCAGUCUGCUAUUCUUAUGUAAUUUUGUUGUGAUUAAUGCUUCCGAGGGAUCACUUUGUUUCCAGAUUUUUAUGAUUUCUGUUUAAGUCAACAUUA